CAUCGCGGCCCCUGGCUUUUACGCAUUCGGCGGGCUUUUUUCUGUUGCCGAUUUGAAAUUUUGCACGCGGCAAAGAGCGCGCCACGGUGCGAUGUAAUUGUAGUUGGGCGGGCGCAGGAUAUUUCAUUCCCCUCGGAACAUCGGGAGCAAGAGGGGAAGAUGAACAAAGGUGGCGCGCCUGUUCUUUGGGGCCGGGUGGCUGCAACCAGUGCUCACCCAGGCGGGUGCGCCCCCCUGACUUGGGGUGGCCGACGUUCAACAGGAAGGCCGGGAAAAAACACGGCGCCAGGCCACGCGACCACGCCCCCAUCCAAUGACGAGGCGGAGUGGUUGUUGCGCAAGAAAGACCAGAAGAGGCCGGAGGAAGUUAGGGCCCGG